AUGGAUCGUGAUGGUCCCCCUGGCGGACCGACGAUAUCAUAUCCUCACCGCGCCGACAUCUACACAUACCGCGUUCCCACCCCACCGAGAAUAGUGGUGCCUCCACCGGCUCUUAACAGCGACGCCAUACCGGACAUCCACCUUUCAGCACUCCUCCAAACUCAUCACUUCCUCUCCGGCGUCAACUACAACAACCUGGUCUCGACCAACGCGCCCCUCGAAUGGACAUAUGAGCGCCGCCGCGAAGCUCAAACAGUCCUGCCAUUCCUCUGCCUAGGUCCCAUGACGGCCGCCAAAGAUGAAGCCUGGCUGAAGAAAGAAGGAAUCACCAUGCUGUUGGGUGUGCGACAAAAACAUCUGACAUUCCAGAGCAGAUUGAUGGAUUCAGCCCUGGCACUGGCAGACCGGCUAGGAAUUGAACGACACACCAUCGAACUCGCCAACAAUCAAGAUCUCAUCCACAGUUUCUCCCACAACAACCAGCUCAUCAAUCUCCACCUCGCCCGGAACUACGCCGCCACGGGCAACACGAGUCUAGGAAAAGUCCUCGUCUUUUGCGAGUCUGGGAAUGAGCGGAGCGCGGGUGUCGUGGCUGCAUACCUGAUGGAGACACACGCGAAUGUGGAUCACAUCAAAGCCAUGCAGUUGGUUCAGGCGCAGCGGUUCUGUGUCAACUUUGAUGAUAGUAUGAAGAGGUUGCUGGAGGGAUACUGGGAUAUUCUCCAGGCGAGACGAAGUGUGGCGGAUGAGGCCACGGCAGCUCCUCCCAGGCCAGAGUUCAAUCGAGCAAAACGCGGGUUGGAGAGGGAUGAUGAUGGGGACGAGUUGAUGGGCGCCGAGGAAAUGGAUGAUGUGGCGAGGUUUGGUGAGAGGAAGGCCUUUGCGCCCUUCAGGGACAAUGAGAUAUGA